AUGAACACCAACAAAUACACUACCAAGUACACUAAUAUGAACACCAACAAAUACACUACCAAGUACACUAACAAGUACACUAACAUGUACACUAUCAAGUACACUAACAAGCACACAACCAAGUACACUAACAGGUACACUUUCAAGCACACUACCAAGUACACUAACAUGUACACUUACAAGUACACUACCAAGUACACUAACAGGUACACUUACAAGUACACUACCAAGUACACUACCAAGGACACUACCAAGUACACUAACAGGUACACUUACAAGUACACUACCAUGUACACUAACAGGUACACUUACAAGCACACUACCAAGUACACUAACAGGUACACUUACAAGCACACUACCAAGUACACUAACAGGUACACUUACAAGUACACUAACAGGUACACUUACAAGUACACUACCAAAUACACUUACAGGUACACUUACAAGUACACUAACAAGUACACUACCAAGUACACUAACAGGUACACUUACAAGUACACUACCAAGUACACUAACAGGUAUACUUACAAGUAUACUACCAAGUACACUAACAGGUACACUUACAAGUACACUAACAGGUACACUACCAAGUACACUAACAGGUACACUUACAAGUACACUACCAAGUACACUAACAGGUAUACUUACAAGUACACUACCAAGUCCACUAACUGGUACACUUACAAGUACGCUAUCAAGUUCACUAACAGGUACUCUUACAAGUACACUACCAAGUACACUAGCAGGUACACUUACAAGUACACUACCAAGUACACUAACAGGUAUACUUACAAGUACACUAGCAAGUACACUAGCAAGUACACUGACAAGUACACUAACAAGUGCACUACCAAGUACACUAACAGGUACACUUACAAGUACACUACCAAGUACACUAACAGGUACACUUACAAGUACACUACCAAGUACAUAAACAGGUACACUUACAAGUACACUAGCAAGUACACUAGCAAGUACACUAAAAAGUACACUAACAAGUGCACUACCAAGUACACUAACAGGUACACUUACAAGUACACUUCCAAGUACACUAACAGGUACACUUACAAGAACAUGUACAAGUACAUUAAUAUGUACACUAGCAAGUAA